AUGAUGGACGAGAUCAGCACCGGUCUGGACAGUGCAGCGACGUUCGACAUCAUCGUGAUGAUGCUGAACGAAGGCCGCGUGAUGUACUAUGGUCCUGGCGAGGAAGCGUUAGGAUACUUCGAGGGUCUUGGCUUCAAGCGUCCACCUCAACGUGACGUGGCUGACUUCUUGAUGGAUCUCGUCAUGGGACUACUGUACGGCUGCGUGUUCUACCAAGUGGACCCAACGGAUCCACAGUUAGUGAUGGGAGUCAUCUUCGAGGCAGCGCUGUGUUUAUCCAUGAUUCCAGCCAUCGUUGAGGCUCGUGACGUCUUCUACAAGCAACGAUGUGCCAAAUUCUUCGAACAGGACGAAGAACUUGACCGCAACACUAGCAAUUGGGUUGACCACGUUAACGUUGGCCCACCAGCGGCGGCACUCCCCGAGGGCGUCAAAUGGAUUUACACGAUCAGCCUGUUGACGUACUCGCUUUCCGCUUUGACCACCGUUGUGUUUGGAGAUUGUCCGAGUGGCAAUAGCAACGCCAUUGGAUGCAGGUCCAUGCAGAAUGUGCCUCCAACGUUGCCGAGUGGCAUCACUGUAAAAAAGAACCUGGAAGUCGACUUCUCGAUGGACCACAGCGAGAUCUGGAGAAACUUUGGCGUUUUACUCGCUUUCGUCAUCUUUGUCCGCGGUUUGACGAUUCUUGCCAUGCGCUUUCUCAACCACCAGAAGAAGUAG